UACCAGGACCGGUACAUUUUAAUAUCUAAGCCACUUCUUCAUAUCCCCAGCAGCUACUUCAAUUUCCUUCCCCAUAUAUAGAGGUGUCAACCAUAUUGCUUUGUGAUGUCUUCGCACCUCAGUUGUCCAUAUUUGGUAAGUGUGUACCUGGCUGAACAACCAAGCAUGAGGGGUGGAGCCCCUCAUUGUCUGCUGAGGGUAUAUAUAGGAGGAUCAUAAGCUCUGGAUGCCUGGAUACCUUCAACAUGGGUAAAGCAGUAAAGAAGGUAAAUGUCCUUGAUAUAGAUAUGGAACAGCCAGCAUCAAGCUCAAAAAACCAAAGGAAAACUCCAUGUCAGUCCAAAUCCAAAGGUUCUAAGAAGGUUUCAAAAACCACAACAAAGGGGAAAACAACAAUUCAGGGAAGUGCAAGCAAGAAAGUUUCAGAGAAAACCUCCACGUCUGUGAAAAAGACUAAGAAAGCCAAAGGAACUAUUCUAUUUGGCCAUUAUCAUCGGCUGAAUGAGAAACUCAACAAAAGCGAGGCUAAAGAAGAAAAGGCGGAGAAUUCUACAAAUUCAAGUGAUGGCCAGGGUAACUGAGUUUAAAAACAUUUGCUAAUGUUACAUGGCCAGUCAUGUAAACACUGGAUUUUUCACCAAUAUGAUGGUGAUAUAAAUAAAAAGAAAUCCAAUGUGAAA